CAAAUUGUGGCAAUACUUCAUAUGCGAUUAUUCAAUCAAACCUAAACUUGGAACAAUUUAAUUUUGAAACUAAACUAAUUUUUCAACCAGUGGGGCAGUCCACUUCAUCUUAUUGUUUUUUUCAUUUAGUUAUUUAUCGUAUUAUCUAUCUAUAAAUACUUAUCCAUGCUCUGAAAGAACUUCAAGCCCUUCAUCCCUCCAUCCAAACAACUGUUCCUCAUUGCUUGUAGUUACAAACCAACAAUGACAUCCUUAGCGGAGAGGCUUUCCAACCAGUUGUUCCGUUCCAUGUCCUGUUUGUCUUUCUCAUGGUCCUUGAAUUGGUCUCUUCUUUUAAUUCCGCUACUUAUGCUGCUUCUGCAACUACUAAAGUUGGAGAAGACGGAACUGAAGCUGUGGCUCUCUUGACAUGGAAAGCUAGCCUUGACAACCAGAGCCAAUCUCUCUUGUUCUCGUGGGCUGGAAGCAAUCAUUGCAAUUGGGUUGGAAUCGAUUGCAAUAAUGCUGACAGAGUCAUCCAUAUAGACCUUGAGAGUAAUGGCUUGAGAGGUACACUUUCCAAUCUUAAUUUCUCUUCCUUCCCUCGUCUCCUCAGCCUUAAACUUCAUAACAACUCAAUCUACGGGACCAUCCCCUCGAAGAUUGGUAGCCUUGCAACACUCACCUACCUUGACUUGUCCAACAAUUAUCUUUCAGGAACAAUUCCAUCAGAAAUAGGAGUACUCUGUUCUCUCACAAUUUUGUAUCUUUAUGAUAAUCAACUUUCUGGAUCCAUCCCUCAAGAAGUUGGAAUGCUAAGGUCUAUAAUUGAACUUGAAUUGUCAACAAACAAUCUCACAGGUUCAAUCCCUGCUUCUAUAGGGAACUUGACCAACUUGACCAUUUUAUACCUUUAUAAAAACAAACUUUCUGAAUCCAUCCCCAAGAUGUUGGAAUGCUAAGGUCUCUAAUUAACCUUGAUUUGUCAGAAAACAAUCU